AUGCCUGCUCCUUCGUGCAACCCAACUUGCCAACCCUGCUGCUGCUCCCCUCCCCGCGCGCCGCGCCAGCAGACGAGCGUUCUAGACCAGCCCAGGCCACGGGACCGGCCACACCAGCCGAGGAGAUACGAAGAGGGCGGCGGCGGCGGCGGUCCGGGACGGGUUGGUGCAUUCAUCCAUUCAUUCAUUCAUUCAUUCCUCGUGAUGUUUCUGGGCGCGCGGCCUUUGAAAGGCAUCUCCUCGUCCUGGUCGUGCUGUCAUUGCGAGCGGCGGCGGCGCGCAUCAUGUUCCCUGUUGACGCCCGCAGGCGCGCUGGGUCCCGGACGUCACUUGGCAGACAAACAGUGGACUCGCCGCCCUGUCACGUCGUGUUGUCGCAGAGGGGAUCAGCCUGCGCCUCCAUCUCGCCAAUGGAACCGAGGAGACGACCGACCCCCUUGCAGCGCGCCGAACGCAGCGAGACAUGCCAGCGCCGGCGUGCGUUUCUCUUUCUCUUCACGCGCACACACACACACAUUGACCCCCGUUAUGUACAUAAUAAUCCAGGGUAGUCGCCCUCUUCCCACUCUCAUCCACCCUCGCGCUCUCUGCGUCUCGUCUUCCCGCCGGCGAUCCCUUCCCCAGUCGGGCACCCGCUGA